AUGUCGAACGCAGUAGCUUUCCAGGCCCAACAGUUCAACCGCCUUCGUGCGCCUGAACGCGGGCCUACGCAGGCUCCCAAUCACUACCACUUCUCCGUGAGAACCCUUCCCAUUGUUGAGGGGGAUGCCGUCUUCCUUGUCAAUCCUUACAUCAACCAAAGACAUUGCGAAGGUCGCACCCGCAUCAAAAGACUCUCACUCGAAGCACAAGCAGAAGUGAUCGUGCCCCUCCUUUUUGAGUCCUUCCUCACCACAUUCGACAACAGCAUCUUGCCUCUUGCCAUGGACGACCCCGGUGUGCCAUGGGCUCCAUACAGCUGGAGCACACCUGAUGCGGGCCUCGCCCAGGCUGUCUCCGCUAGACUGAGGGCUGUCGGUGUUCGACCGGAUCUGUGUCACGUGUCUGUCGCAGACUCCAUGGAGAACGACGUGGCUGAUACCCUGUGGAAGCAAUUCUCUAAUGAGCUUAUAAUUGGCAUGGGCGGUAUUCCCGAAGAUCAGGGUCGCGAGAAUGUCGACCAGAAAUGUGCUGGUUGUGGAACGACUCCAUCGCUGGAUAAACCUUUGCGCCGCUGUGCUCAGUGCCAGAGCAUUUACUACUGCUCGCGGGUUUGUCAGAGAGGCGACUGGAAGAAGCACAAGGUCAACUGCAAAUAG